AUGGCGAUAAAACUUAGUGCUAAAUUGCAGUAUUCCGGACCUUUCCAUGAUCGUGAUUUAUUCAAACCCAACGUCCCAAAUAUAAAACAAGCUAGAAAAUCGCCAGCAACAGUUGCUUUUCACACCCUUCAUAAAACAAACAGCAUUGUUGGAAAUAAAUUAUUUGAAUCAGGUGCAGAAUAUGGGCCAUUUAGAAAGGCUGUAGUUCAGGAACUGGUUGAUCGACUCCAUUUCUGUGCCGAAAAGGGGUUACUAACAGGAGCAGGAGCAAUUCACGGAUACGUACUCAAGUCAAAUUUCGAUGACUAUGGCUUGUUGGUUCUACUCAAUCACAUCAUGCAUGCAUAUUCAAAAUGCUCUGAUUUUACGUCGGCAAAGCUAGUAUUUGAUUUUUUGCCGAGGAAAAAUGCGUUCUCUUGGAGUGUCAUUAUCUUGGGAUUUAAUCAGCAAGAAUCUUUUCGAGAUGGGUUGAAUUAUUUUCACAAGAUGAUGGAUGAUGGGAUAUCACCCAAUGGAUUUGCAUAUUCCGCUGUCCUUCAGACGUGUAUAGGCAUGGAUUCUGUAGAUUUAGGUGGCAUGGUGCAUGCAAAUAUCAUCGUUCGAGGCUUCGGGUCUCAUGUAGUUGUUAGCACCGGACUUCUUAACAUGUAUGCAAAGCAGGGUAAGGUCGAUGAGGCUUAUAAAGUUUUCAACUCUAUGGCCGAACAUAAUGUAGUAACUUGGAAUACGAUGAUAUCAGGGCUCUCUGCCAAUGGGCUUCACUUGGAGGCUUUUGACCAUUUUUUGAAGAUGAAAGAGAGUGGAUUGGUUCCGGAUAUGUAUACAUUUGUUGGUGUUCUAAAGGCUGUUGGGAUGCUAGGUGAUGUUGAUAAGGGAAAGCAAGUGCAUGAAUGCAUUUUGGAAUUGGGCAUGAUGGACAACAUUGUUGUUGGGACUUCUCUCAUAGAUAUGUACUCGAAAUGCGGUCAUAUACACGAGGCGAGGUCUGCUUUUAUGUACGUUGCCGAUUCUAGAGCCAAUGGGCCUUGGAAUGCAAUGAUUGGUGGUUACAACCUUUGUAACUAUAGUGAACAAGCUUUACUAUUAUUUGUUGAAAUGUGUCGAAAAAACAUAAAAGCAGAUAUUUACACGUACUGCAGUGUAUUUGAUGCAGUUGCUAAAUUGAAGUGCUUGCGGUUAGUGCAGGAGGUACAUGGCGUGUUUUUGAAGUCUGGUUGUGUUUCAAUGGAUCCAAGUGUCGAGAACGCGAUUUUGGAUGCAUAUUCCAAAUGCGGGCUCCUUGAGCAAGUAAACAAAAUUUUCAACAACAUGACGCACAGAGACAUAGUUUCCUGGACUACUUUAGUCUCGGGUUAUUCGCAAUGUUCAAAAUGGGAUGAUGCACUUGUUAUAUUCUCCCGAAUGAGGAAAGAAGAGUUAACACCCAACAAUUUCACUCUGGCUAGCGUUUUAACUGCUUGCGCUAAUCUAGGCUAUCUUGAAUACGGUCGCCAAAUCCAUGGUCUCGUGUGCAAAUUAGGUUUCGAAACCGUUAAUUACAUAGAAAGUUGUCUGAUAGAUAUGUACGCUAAGGGCGGCGGCUUAAAAGAAUCGGAGAAGGUUUUUGCAAGAAUAUCACUUCCCGAUGCCGUCUCAAUGACAGCUAUAAUAUCAGCUUACGCAUAUCACGGUCUCGCGGCUCGUGCGCUUUGGCAUUUCAAAAAGAUGGAACAAAUGAACAUUAAACCCAGUGCUGUUACAUUACUGUGUGUUAUUUCAGCAUGCAGCCAUGCAGGUCUUGUCGAGGAAGGCCUUCAUUACUAUUGGUCGAUGGAUAAGGACUAUGGUCUGGUGCCACAAAUGGAGCACUAUGCUUGUGUGGUCGAUCUUUUGGGCCGGGUGGGCCGUGUCCACGAGGCAUAUGACUUUAUAAUGAGAAUGGAUCUCGAGCCGGAUGAGAUGGUCUGGCAGGCCUUAUUGGCCGCAUGCAGGAUUCAUGGGAAUGCUGAGAUUGGGGAAAUAGCGGCCGAGAAGAUUCUCUCUCUUUGUCUGGAUAAUUCUUCGACUUAUGUUCUCCUGUCCAAUACGUAUACCGAGAGGGGCAAUUUCAGAGACGGUUCCCGUCUGAGGAAAGAGAUGAGGGAUAAAGGUUUGAGGAAAGAGCCCGGAUGUAGUUGGAUAUCUGUAAAAGGCAGAGUUCAUAGGUUUUAUGCUGCGGAUAAGGAUCACUCCUCGAAGCGAGAUAUUUAUGCCAAGCUGGACGAGCUACGACAGGCUGUGAAGGAUUUUGGAUACUGUGUUGAACUUACGUUUAACUUUGGACGGCAUUGCAACUUCAUCAACUGUGAGAGAUUGUCAGUCAUUUAUUUGCGGACAUUGAAGAGAACAGGAAAAGCUAUAUUGACGGGUAAAACAUCAAUUAAGAUCGCGUUUAGAGGAGAAUUUGCCUAA